GGUGUUGUUAUUGUGUUUAUUGAUGACAUUCUUAUUCCAGCAGAGGAUAAGUACCAAGCCUUAGAACGCUUGAAGGAGGUCCUGAAGGUAGCGUCAGAAUAUGGAUUAUGCAUCAAUUGGAAGAAGUCUCAGUUAUUAACAAGAAGAGUAGAAUAUCUUGGUCAUGUUAUUGAGAAUGGUAUUGUGAUGCCAUCCCCAGGGAAGACGGAUGCUGUUACAAAAUUUCCUGAGCCAUGCAGUUUAAAGCAGCUACAUAGUUUCCUAGGUUUGUGCUCAUACUUUAGAAAGUUUAUACCUAAAUAUGCACUUAUAGCCAAGCCUCUCACGGAUUUAUUAAAAAAGAAUAGCCAGUUUAAAUUUACUGAUGAGCAUAGAGCUGUUUUUCAUGAGUUAAAAAUGAAGUUAGCUUCCAGACCUGUGCUGAAAAUUUAUAAUCAAUAUGAUGAAACAGAAUUGCAUACAGAUGCAUCAAGUGUGGCCUAUUCAGCAAUUUUAAUGCAAAAGGGUGGAGAUGGAGCGAUGCACCCAGUUCAUUACAUGAGCCGGAGGACAACAGAUGCACAAGCUAAAUAUACAAGCUAUGAGCUUGAGGCACUAGCAAUAGUUGAAGGGGUAAAAAAAUUUAGGCACUAUGUGUAUGGGAAACAUUUCAAAAUAGUUACCGACUGUAAAGCAUUCCAAAUGACUCUUAAUAAAAAGACUUGGCUUUAUCUACUAGAGUUGCUCGGUGGAUUUUACUUUUGCAAGAUUAUGAUUUUACUGUAGAACACCGUCAAGGUACUGAAAUGAGACAUGCUGAUGCGCUUAGUCGAAACCCAUAUGUAGGAACAAUAACUUCUAACUUGCAUAAGGAUAUGCAGCAUGCACAGGAUGGUGAUGAAGGUCUUAAUGCAAUAAAGAAAAUUCUAGAAGAUGGAGGGUCGUACAAGGAUUAUUACUUAAAUCAGGGAUUACUUUAUAAAGGGCCAGAACACCAAUUGGUUGUGCCAAGUGCUAUGGAGACUGAGAUUAUUAAAAGAGCUCAUAACAAUGGUCAUUUUGCCAAGAAGAAAACAUUAGAUUUGAUAAGCAAAGAUUAUUAUAUUGAUAAAGUAGGAAGAAAAGUUGAAGAUUUUGUUGCAUCAUGCAUACCCUGUUUAUUAUCAAAUAGAAAGGAAGGCAAAAAGGAAGGUUACCUUAAUCCCAUUGAUAAGGGUGAUACCCCAUUGCAUACCCUACAUUUAGAUCAUGUUGGACCACUGACGGAGACUAAUAAACAGUACAACCACAUUCUUACUAUAAUUGAUGCAUUUACCAAAUUUGUUUGGUUAUUUCCGUGUAAAAGUACAACUACCAAAGAGGUUUUGAUUAAAUUAGAAGUAUUGCAGCAAACGUUUGGAAACCCUGAACGGGUUAUCACAGAUCGAGGUACUGCAUUUACCAGUAAUGAUUUCCAGCAAUACUGUAUUAGGGAGGGUAUAGAGUGCUGUCAUAUUACUACAGGAGUUCCAAGAGGGAACACUCCUUAUAUUUUCUACAAUAAAAAUUGUAGAAAAUAUAAGGAGGGAGACAUUGUAGCAAUAAAGCGAACCCAGUUUGGUCCUGGAAUGAAGAUAAAACCUAAAUACUUGGGACCGUACCGGAUCACCAAAGUCAAAAGAUUUGAUAGGUAUGAUGUAGAGAAAGUGGACCAAUCCACUGAAGGCCCAAAUAAGACAUCUACAGCGGCAGAUCUUAUGAAACAAUGGCCAGAUAAUAUUAAUCAAAAGUAGAGUUCUCUUUGUAAGGUAAUUGUAAUUGGUAGAAGUUGAUAAAUGGAGAGGAAUGGUAAGGAAUGGAAAUAGGAAAAGGGAAAGAAUUAAAAGCUAGUAAUGAUAGAGUAAUCUUUUAU